AAACCGAACUCGAACAGCUCAGACCGGUGUCACAUCAUGUCAUUUACUUUGUGGUGUUCACAGCAGAGUUCGAUCAGGUUCACUCGGAUGUGAUUCACCUGGAAGAAUAAAGAAAUACUGUCCGUAAGACGCCGAGCUAACGACCGAGCUAGCAUGCUAAGGCAGGAUGUUGAGGCUUCGCUGUAAGACCAAAAAUGGGAGCCACAUCAUGCAGGGCUUAACUCACCAGUCCUGCGUCCAGGAGCUGAAGAGUAAGGUGGAGGAGCUCACUGGGAUCCCCUGUGACGUGCAGAAAAUUAUGGUUGGUUACCCACCAUCCAGCCUUGAUCUCCGAAACGGAGAUGCUCACCUCAAGGACUACCCCAUCAAAUCAGGAGACACACUCAUUGUUGAGGAAGAAAAAAACAAGCCAAAGCCUCAGGAUCAUCCCACUGUGACUAAAGUGCCGCGUCUGGAAGCCUCACCCGUGCUGGCACGUCGAGUGGUCCCAGCCGACAACUCCUGCCUCUUCACCAGUGUGUAUUAUGUGGUGGAAGGAGGUGUAUAUGACCCUGCGUGUGCUCCUGAGAUGCGGGGCCUCAUCGCCCAGAUCGUGUCCAGUGACCCUGCAGCGUACUGUGAAGCGGUGCUGGGAAAGACCAACGAGGAGUACUGCACCUGGAUAAGACGCGACGACACCUGGGGAGGAGCCAUCGAGGUGUCCAUCCUGUCCAAGUUUUACCAGUGUGAGAUCUGCGUGGUGGACACUCAGACAGUCCGAGUGGAUCGAUUCGGGGAGGAUGCCGGCUACCACAAACGCGUGCUGCUCAUCUACGACGGCAUCCAUUACGACCCGCUGCAGAAAGAAACCCCCGGCUCCGACGUCCCACCCCAGACUAUCUUCUCCACCACGGACGACGUAAUUCUGGCCCAGGCCCUUGAGCUGGCAGACGAGGCUCGGCGCAAGCGGCAGUUCACAGACGUAAACCGCUUUGCGCUGCGCUGCAUGGUGUGCCAGACUGGCCUGGUGGGACAAAAGGAAGCUCGUGAGCAUGCCAAGGAAACAGGCCACACCAACUUUGGGGAAGUUUGAAUUUUGUUUCUUCUUUUUUUUUUCCCCUCUCACAAAUAGAACCACCACCAAACCCGUGCCCCAUGUCUGGCAACUGUGUCAGUCUGUGUCUGUCUGCUUGUGUGAUCCUCUACCUCACAUUGCCCAGUGACAUCUACGGAGAAUCUGCAGACACUGUGUUUCAGCCUCUAACCUGUUCAGUAUUAUACUUAUUAACUGGCGUCAGUUCUCAAAGUCAGAAACACUACUGCAGUGCUCCAGUGUCAAUAAACCAUCACACUAAUCUGUUGGAGAUGGUUCUCAAAUCGAUGUAACUGGGUCCAGGGAAAUAUGCAAACAAUUCUUAGGAUUUGAUUUAAUCCGUUUAGAUCACUCGAUGGUUGUAUUGAAACAGUUAAAUGUGACUGAAUUUAAACAGUUUAAAACAACAGCUGAGAAUUAUUUGUACUAUGAUGUGAUCCUACUCACUGUUGUCUUAAUCGCAGAACACUAUGUUUGACUGUUAUACAUUGUUGGUUAUGUAGCAUUUUUAUUUUAUUUCCCUUGUUAAACCUAAGCUGGAGUCAUGGCCACACUUAUUUGUGCUAUUUGUAACAUCACAUUGAAUUUGACUGAGCAGCAGCCAGUGAACUUGAAAUGUCAUGAUCCAAAGUUUACUAGUUUUCGGGGAUUUUUUUUUUAAGUUGCAACAACAUUUGUAAGUGAACUUGUUUUAAAUGAAAUAAAAGAAUUCAAAGAGGAUGGUGCUGCAAACAAAACGUUUUACAAACUCUGUAGGGUUUUGCUUUUCUCCAUUGGUACGGCAGAUUCUUUUCUGGAGUGUAGAUUUUUUAAAUUGUGUGAUUUUUCAUGCUGUAAGAACUGAUCCUUUUAGACAGUUUUUUGUUUUAUAAACCUGCCUAUUUUUGAGAAAUACAAAAGCUGUGCAGUGUAUUUCAGAACACAUUUAUGGUGAGAGGGUGGUGUAUUUUAUAAACCUAUGAAAAUAUGAAAUGAGUGUGUAACUGCAUGAUGCUCAGGUGCUCUUUGGAAGUUUCCAUUCCCUGAGUUGUGAGUCGUUUUCCUGACUUUGGUGUCUUUGAAGACAGAAUGUGAAAAACAUGGAAGCAGUAAACUAAAUGUGUAUUUAUGCAUUUAAACAAUUUCCAAUGUUACUCCGAUGUGACAGGCAUAUUAAUCCUUGUAAAUGUUUGCAGGUCAUCACAGACUGUAAAGGCUAAAAAGAGAGAUGGACAAAAUUAGCAUUUGAGAAGUUCAACAUUAGAAGCUACUAUUUAGAGUUAAUUGUAAAAUGUUAAUUGGUUAAUGAGUGAUCUCGGAUUUUCGCUCACUUUUCGUGUUCUGACUUUAGAUGCUGUCACGUGAAUACAUUUUUCAGAUUAUUCCGACACCACAUGAAGGCACAAUGACGCUGUGUGGGAGAAAUCCUACUCAAUCGUGCAUUUACUGUUCACGUACUGUCCGCACAUUACUUCCUCAUCAACAUCAAUUAAACCUUUUCAGCUAUUCCAUCUCACGUUUGCAGCCUGAGAACAACUUGAGGGUGUUUGAGAACUGCGAGUUUUGGUUUGAUUUUGUAGCUUUUCUUAAAAUUCUCACGCUGUUCCACUGGAUGUUUUCAGCUAAAGUCAGGCAUGAUCUCCGCUUAUUCCUUUUACCAGCUGCCUGUAAGGAUGAAGCACGCUCUUAUUUAUGUCAAACAUCAGGUCAGAAACGUUUUAUUGGUGUAGGAUCUUUGUGGGAUUUCUUUUUUCUUAACGCUCAGUUUAUUAUGCACAACCAGUAUUUCUAUGCCACAUAUCUGUGAUAUUGAUACUGAGUUGUUGCAGAAAAUGGUUUUUGACAAGGACUGGAUUUUAUUUUGUAAUUUUUUUCUUGUUUUUACUCAUGACACAUGAACUAAAGGCAAAAAUGUUAAUUAUUUCUUUGUUUGAAUGUGAAUUAUAAUUUUUUUUCUCCCAUCUGUUACCUUAGUUUCUUUUAUUUCUGCAGUAGUAACGGAUUAAUCAGCUUGUUUUCUAGUGAAACUAUGAAAUGACUGUUGUCUUUUGUCAUAACCAAGUUCUCAUGAAUGUUGCACACAAAGCACUACAGAACAACUGGAGUUACUUGAUUUUUGUCAGUGUUGUGUCACAAUUAAAACUUAUAGCCGAU